AUGAGUUCCGGUAAACCCUUGCUGGGUUUGUGGCUGUACCGCAGCGAAGAGGAUUGGAGUUACAAAGAGGACGUGCCCAUGCCAGCGGUCAGCACAAAGGUAAUCACUGAUUGCGCAAAGAAACUCAUUUCUCACUACAACGCUCACGCUUUGACUUUGACCACGGCACGCACCAUGAAGGCGGCUCCCAAACCUGCUGAUCCUAAGGCUCCACCCAAAUUGGAAAAGAUCUCCGUUAUAUUUACACUGAAGAACAAAGUUGGCGGAUUGGUACGGGCACUUCAGUGCUUUCAAGAUUUGGGAAUCAACGUAGCACACAUUGAAUCCAGACCAUCCAUCACCGAAGACAAUCAAGUUGAUUUCCUCGUAGAUGUAGAAUGCGAAGCAAAAAAAGUGGAACAACUCGGGAGACUACUACGUCGGGAAGUGGUCACUAUGGUCAUCGGGACCUAUGGAGAUGGAGAAAACGAUAAAAGUUUUCCACCACCUACACCAUUAUCGGCAGCUGCUAGUUUUGAUUUUGAUGAAAUGCCGUGGUUUCCCAAGAAGAUCUCUGACCUUGAUCAAGCACAGAAUGUCCUAAUGUACGGCAGCGAGCUGGACGCAGAUCAUCCCGGCUUCAAGGACCCAGUCUAUCGGAAGAGACGCGAACACUUUGCUCGCAUCGCACACAACUACAAACAGGGCCAGCCGAUUCCACGCGUGCAAUAUACCGAGAUGGAAACUAAAACCUGGGGUAUUGUCCUGAAUGAAUUGUACAAACUGUACCAGAAACACGCGUGUAAAGAAUUUUUGGAAAACUGGCCACAGUUGGUUAAGUAUUGCGGGUAUCGCGAGGAUAAUAUUCCGCAACUGCAAGAUGUUAACGCGUUUCUUAAAAGAAAGACCGGUUUUCAAAUACGACCGGUUGCAGGAUAUUUAAGUCCGAGGGACUUUUUGUCUGGGCUCGCAUUCAGGUUGUUUCACUGCACCCAGUAUAUUAGACAUUCGUCGGAUCCAUUCUACACUCCUGAACCUGAUUGUUGUCAUGAGUUACUUGGUCACAUGCCCCUACUGGCAAAUCCUAGUUUUGCACAGUUUUCUCAAGAAUUGGGCCUCGCGUCUUUAGGAGCUUCUGACGCAGAUGUAGAAAAACUGGCCACGUUGUAUUUCUUUACGGUGGAGUUUGGUUUGUGUAAACAAGAUGGCGAACUACGUGUAUAUGGCGCUGGGUUAUUAAGUUCUGUUGCGGAACUACAACACGCGUUAGAAACGCCAGAGAAAAUCAAACGCUUCGAUCCAGAAGUGACAUGCCGAGAAGAGUGCAUUAUCACCGCGUAUCAAAACGCCUACUAUUAUACAGACACAUUUGACGAAGCCAAAGAAAAAAUGAGGACCUUCGCUGGAACGAUCCAACGUCCAUUUGGCAUUCGUUACAACCCAUACACGCAAAGCGUAGAAGUCCUAAGCAACGCCCAAAAAAUAACAGCUUUGGUUUCUGAGCUACGUGGAGAUUUGUGUAUCGUAAACGAUGCAUUAAAGAAAAUCUCCGCACGAGACUCAACACUGGACGUUGAUAAAAUAGCCAACUUGUUACAAGUAGGCCUCAAUACUACAGAUGGCGCUGAAAUGACAAAACCCGACGAGCUAUGCUAAUCUACCUAACCUCAUAACAUAACCUUCGAUGUGUAUUUCCCUGUAGUUGUUCCAAAAUAUUAGAAGUGUGUAAAAAGUA